AUGGACCUUCCAAUGGAUAUGUUAGUUGCGGAAUGUCAAAGGCUACAGUUGACUUUGGCACCAGCUGGUCAGACAGUGCGUCAUUUCAUUGCCGCUUAUCCGGAUGCGAAAGUCCAGCUCUCACCGCUGCUUGAAGAGCUGCUUGGUUUACCAAAUGUGGUACUCAAGCUCGAACGAGACGUGGGGGAGUGUGCAGGCGAAAAUGGACUUUUGCAUAUGAUUCGGGGAGUCCCCGAUGUCUGCAUUGAAAACAUUAGGCAGAUUGAAUCGGUUCUUUCAGAGCCGAGCCGACAUGGCCGCGACGCCCUGAGAACUCUGGCCGAGCAAGCCACCGCCUUGGCAUCUUUUCUUGUCAUUGGUAGGAGGGCUUUGAACCUGGCUGUGACUGCACUGGAAUUGGUCAACAAUUUGCGAAGAGCAGAGCGAAAUGGGGAGUCGCCUCCUUAUGAAGCAAGUUCGAUUCUCCAUGAGAUUACGGCUAUUCAAAACCUGCUCAAUGAACAGACAUCGUCUCAGCAAAAUGCGAGGCUACUCCGCCAGUUGCAUGGGCCCAAUGGCUCAUCUGUUAGCAUUCAGCAACUCCACAACAUCACUAUCGGCGGCUUUCUGGAUUUGCUCAAAUCAUUUUGCGAGCAGCAGUCGGGAACCACAUCCACCUUGGAAGUAGCUCGGAUAUCGGUGGCAGGCAGCUCAACCUCAAUACCACCGCCCAACAUAAGCCCGCAUUCGGAAGUUGAUGCUAGAUAUCUGGCCCCAAACCUCCUGCCUGCAGCACCAUCUGCUGUCAACUUCAAGCACAUUGGCAAGGUAGUUAUGAAUCUCGAGAAAGAGCCCCAGGACAUAAAGUUUAUGCCUGGAAAUCCAGCAAUAUUUGCUGUUUCCAAUUUUCACAAAGAUGUUGCCUUGUUUGACGCCAACACCGGCCAACGGAAAAAAGAGCUCAAGGGGGUCAAGGGAGUCCAGCUGGUGGUCUCGCCAUCGAGCGAUGUAAUGGCCUUGACGGUGGAGCACCCCGACGAAUCAUUGCUCAAACAGAAGCCAAUCCCAUUAUCCCAUGAUUUUGUUCAUUUUCAAAAACCAGCCCUCUACGUUUUCGACACUCCUCGGGGCCCUGCUCCUGCAACGAGACGCUUCUUUCUACAAUGGCACGACAUACGCGCCUUCUCAUUCAGCCCUGACGGAUCGUUAUUGGCCGUAAAAGGAGUGAAGAAUCGCGUCGAGAUCAUUCACAGCGCCAAGGGAUCUGGAUACGGAGUUGUAAGGAGCCACACCGACGAAGUAACGCAUGCAGAGUUCACCGCAGACGGAGAGAGGAUUGUAACAAUGUCAAGGGACGGGACUUUGAGAGUCACGCAUGUUCAAAGCCUACGAAGUAUUGCCAAGCUUGAGAUGGAUAAUUGGAGGAACCCACUGCAGCUAGCAGUUUCCACCGUAGGCAUUAUAGCUUCAAUAUGGGGACGCACUGUGACGAUUUGGGACUACGACACAGGUGUUAUGGAUAGCUACAACUUCGAUACGGCAAGAGGCAGUGAAGGGUGGCCCUUGGCGAUUUCACCUGACCUUCGAUGGGUUGCGAGUCGGACGGAUGACGGGGCAGAUGUGACGGAUCUCGCAACGGGUAAGGUCAUGUACUCGGCAAGAUUAGAAACUGGGUUUGUAUCUUCAGCCACAUUUUCACAUGAUGGGAAGUACUUAGUUUUCGGGAGAUGUAUGAACGGCCAUCAUGGGAAACCUGAUUCUGGGGUAUUGAAUGUAUGGGAGAUUCAGGCAUGA